GAGCUCGCCAGCCGAGGCAGCACGGCUCCGCGGACUUUUUUUCAAACUACCAUCAAUGAGACUUCGAGGAGGAGCGGGAGGCGGCGGCGGCGGCGGCGGCGGCGGCGGGCGCGCAGGAAGGCGAGGAGGCGCCGGGGGAGCCAGAGGAGCCGGAGGAGCUGAAGCAAGGAGCGUGGGCCGCGCGGCGCGCGGGAGCCUAGGGGAGCUCCCGGCUCGCCGGCGGUAGGGGCUGCUGGGCCCCCGCCCGCCUCUCGGUCCCCUCCCCUGCCUGGCCCGCCCCGCCCCGCCCCGGCCGGACUGAGCCCCGGUACACGGCAGCCCGCGGCGGGUCGCCGCGCCAGCCAAGUUGGGAUGGGGGCCCGAAGCCACCGCUCGGCGCCCCAGAGGCCACCUGCGUGCUAGAGGCAAACUUUUGUCUCCCUCGGGCUGUCACCCAGGACCAUGAGCGGCUAAGAUGGAGACGUCCGCCUCAGUCACGGCCACGGAGAAGAAAGACGCCAAAAGUGGGAGCCUGGAGGGUGUCGCUUUCCCCGACCCGGGCAGGAAGGCCUCUGCUCUCGCGGUGGCCACGGCGGCCGCGGCAGCGGUGGCUGCCCAAGGAGUGCCACAACACCUUUUGCCACCGUUUCAUGCUCCCUUACCGAUUGACAUGAGACACCAGGAGGGAAGGUACCAUUAUGAGCCCCACUCUGUCCACGGCGUGCACGGGCCUCCUGCCCUGAGUGGCAGCCCCAUUAUCUCCGACAUCUCGUUGAUCCGGCUUUCCCCACACCCCGCCGGCCCCGGGGAGUCCCCCUUCAACGCCCCCCACCCCUACGUGAGCCCCCACAUGGAGCAUUACCUCCGUGCCAUGCACAGCAGCCCCACACUCCCCACGAUCUCUGCGGCCCGGGGCCUUAGCCCCGCUGACGUGGCCCACGAGCACCUCAAGGAGAGGGGAUUGUUUGGCCUCCCCGCUCCGGGCACCAACCCCUCAGACUAUUACCACCAGAUGACUCUCAUGGCGGGCCACCCUGCGCCAUACGGGGACCUGCUGGUGCAGAGUGGGGGUGCCGCCAGUGCGCCCCACCUCCACGACUACCUCAAUCCGGUGGAUGUGUCGCGCUUCUCCAGCCCACGGGUGACCCCCCGCCUGAGCCGCAAGCGGGCGCUGUCCAUCUCCCCGCUGUCAGACGCCAGCCUGGAUCUGCAGCGGAUGAUCCGGACGUCACCCAACUCGCUGGUGGCCUACAUCAACAACUCCCGCAGCAGCUCGGCGGCCAGCGGCUCCUACGGCCACCUGUCAGCAGGCACUCUCAGCCCAGCCUUCACCUUCCCCCACCCCAUCAACCCGGUGGCCUACCAGCAGAUCCUGAGCCAGCAGAGGGGCCUGGGCUCAGCCUUCGGACACACCCCGCCCUUGAUCCAGCCCUCGCCCACCUUCCUGGCGCAGCAGCCCAUGGCCCUCGCCUCCAUCAAUGCCACGCCCACCCAGCUCAGUGGCAGCGCCACCUGUCUGAGCGACGCCACCCAGAACAAGCAGAACAGCGAAUCGGCUGUGAGCAGCACCGUGAACCCCAUCGUAAUUCAUAAGCGCAGCAAGGUCAAGACAGAGGCAGAGGGCCUGCGGCCAGCCUCCCCGCUGACCCUGACGCAGGAGCAGCUGGCUGACCUCAAGGAAGACCUGGACAGGGACGACUGUAAGCAGGAGGCCGAAGUGAUCAUCUAUGAGACCAACUGCCACUGGGAAGACUGCACCAAGGAGUACGACACCCAGGAGCAGCUGGUGCACCACAUCAACAACGAGCACAUCCAUGGGGAGAAAAAGGAGUUCGUGUGCCGCUGGCAGGCCUGCACGAGGGAGCAGAAGCCCUUCAAGGCCCAGUACAUGCUGGUGGUGCACAUGCGCCGGCACACGGGCGAGAAGCCCCACAAGUGCACGUUCGAGGGCUGCUCAAAGGCCUACUCCCGCCUGGAGAACCUGAAGACGCACCUGCGGUCCCACACUGGGGAGAAACCAUAUGUGUGUGAGCACGAGGGUUGCAACAAGGCCUUCUCCAAUGCCUCAGACCGCGCCAAGCACCAGAACCGCACCCACUCCAAUGAGAAACCCUACAUCUGCAAGAUCCCAGGCUGCACCAAGCGAUACACAGACCCCAGCUCUCUCCGGAAGCAUGUGAAGACGGUACACGGCCCAGAUGCUCACGUCACCAAGAAGCAGCGUAACGACGUGCACCUCCGCGCCCCGCUGCUCAAGGAGAACGGGGACCACGAGGCCAGUGCCGAGCCCGGGGGCCGAGGCCCGGAGGAGAGUGCCGAGGCCAGCAGCACCGGCCAGGCCGUGGAAGACUGCCUGCACAUCAAAGCCAUCAAGACCGAGAGCUCCGGGCUGUGUCAGUCCAGCCCUGGGGCCCAGUCGUCCUGCAGCAGCGAGCCCUCUCCCCUGGGCAGUGCCCCCAACAACGACAGCGGCGUGGAGAUGCCAGGGACUGGGCCCGGGAGCCUGGGAGACCUGACAGCUCUGGAUGACACGCCCCCGGGGGCCGACGCCUCAGCCCUGGCCGCUCCCUCUGCUGGUGGCCUGCAGCUGCGCAAACACAUGACCGCCAUGCACCGGUUCGAGCAGCUCAAGAAGGAGAAGCUCAAGUCACUGAAGGAUUCCUGCUCCUGGGCCGGGCCGGCUCCACACACCCGGAACACCAAACUGCCUCCCCUCCCGGGAAGUGGCUCCAUCCUGGAAAACCUCGGCGGCGGCGGGCCGAGCGGGCUGCUGCCCAACCCGCGGCUGUCCGAGCUGUCCGCGGGCGAGGUGACCAUGCUGAGCCACCUGCAGGAGCGCCGCGACAGCUCCACCAGCACGGUCAGCUCCGCCUACACCGUGAGCCGCCGCUCCUCCGGCAUCUCCCCCUACUUCUCCAGCCGCCGCUCCAGCGAGGCCUCGCCCCUGGGCGCCGGCCGCCCGCACAACGCCAGCUCGGCCGACUCCUACGACCCGAUCUCCACCGACGCGUCGCGGCGCUCCAGCGAGGCCAGCCAGUGCAGCGGCGGCGGCUCGGGGCCGCUCAGCCUCACGCCCGCGCAGCAGUACAGCCUGCGCGCCAAGUACGCCGCGGCCACCGGCGGGCCGCCGCCCACCCCGCUCCCCGGCCUGGAGCGCGCGGGCCUCCGGACCAGGCGACCCGACGCCCUGGCUGUGCCGCGGGUGCAGCGCUUCCACAGCGCCCACGACGUGAACCCGGCCCCGCUGCCGCCCUGCGCCGACAGGCGAGGUCUCCGCCUGCCCGGCCACGCCAGCGCCGACGGCGGCCUGGCCCGAGGCGCCUACUCCCCGCGGCCGCCCAGCAUCAGCGAGCACGUGGCCACGGAGGCCUUGGCGGUGGGAGCGGACAGCGCCGGGCCCGAGGUGGGCCUCAUGCUGCCCGAGGACGACCUCGUGCUGCCGGACGACGUGGUACAGUACAUCAAGGCGCACGCGGGCGGUGCCCUGGACGACAGCCCCUCACAGGCCUAUCCCCCCGAAAGCACCUGCUUCUCUGAGAACCCCAAACUGCCCAGCCCGGGGCUGCACGGCCCCCGCAGGAUGGUGGCUGCGGACUCCAAUGUGGGCCCCUCCGCCCCUGUGCUGGGAGGCUGCCAGCUGGGCUACGGGCCCCCCUCCAGCCUGAACAAAAACAACAUGCCUGUGCAGUGGAAUGAGGUGAGCUCCGGCACCAUGGACGCCCUGGCCAGCCAGGCGAAGCCUUCACCCUUUUCGCAGGGCAACCUGGCUGUGGUGCAGCAGAAGCCGGCCUUCAGCCAGUACCCGGGCUAUAGUCCACAAGGCCUGCAGCUGAGCCCGGGAGCCCUGGACAGCGGGCAGGGACACUUUCAGCCCUGCGGGGGAGGCCCCUCGGUGCCUAGGAUAAAUUACAUGCAGCAGCUGCGGCAGCCAGGGACAGGUGGUCAGUGUUCCAAUAUGACCACCACCGUGAGCCCCCACACCAAUUACGGCCAGGCGCACCCCCAGCUGAGUCCCAGUGCCACGGGUGGGACCUUGAACCAGUACCCCCCGUCCUGUAACAACAUGGCAGCCAAGCCAGUCCACUUGGGGCUCCCCCAGCAAAUGGAAAUCGCUCCCGAAGCCAGCAUGAUGGGCAGCAGCCGCAGGGAACUCGGAAUCACCAAUUCAGCCCUGGCCGGGAUGCCUCCGCUUCACUCCACCCAGAGCUACCCACAGCAGAGCCAUCACCUGGCAAACCCCAUAAGCCAGGAGAGCUACCGCCAAGGCCCCAACCUUCUACCUGCCCAGCAACCUGGCUUCAUGGAACCCCAGCAGGGCACCGCGGGGGUAGCCGGGUCCAGCUUUGGCCUAGUUCAACCCCGGCCUCCCGCCGAGCCCAGCCCCGCCGGCUGCCACCGGGGGGUGCGUGCCGGGGUGCAGCUGGCCUACGCCAGAGCCACCGGCCACGCCAUGGCUGCUGUGUCGGCCCCUCAGGAGAUGGCAGAUGCGCCCAAGGGAGCAAUGGGCGGCGUGGUGUCCCGGCCUCCCCAGCCCCCCCCGCAGGACACGGGUGGGGUCCCGGACCACAGCAUGCUGUACUACUACGGCCAGAUCCACAUGUAUGAACAGAACGGAGGCCUGGAGAACCACGCAGGCUGCCAGGUCAUGCGGCCCCAGCCACCGCCGCCACAGGCCUGCCCCGACAGCAUCCAGCCCCAGCCCUUGCCCUCUCCAGGGGUCAACCACGUGUCCAGCACUGUGGACUCCCAGCUACUGGAGGCUCCCCAGAUUGAUUUUGAUGCCAUCAUGGAUGAGGGCGAUCACUCGAGCUUGCUCUCAGGCACCCUGAGUCCCAGCCUCCUCCACAGCCUCUCCCAGAACUCCUCCUGCCUCACCACCCCCCGGAACUCCCUGACUCUGCCCUCCAUCCCCACGGGCAUCAGCAACAUGGCGGUUGGGGACAUGAGCUCCAUGCUCACCAGCCUGGCAGAGGAGAGCAAGUUCCUGAACAUGAUGACCUAAGUUCCCAGCCCCUGGCGCUCUGUGGAGCCGGAGGAACCUUCAUUUCCCAGAGCACGGGAGUUCUAGUUUGUCUUUUUCCAAAAAAAAAGUAUUAAAUAGGUCUGAGGGCGUUUUGCCAAUGGCCGGUCCGGACCACAAAUGCUUUAAGGGCAGCUUCGUGUGCAACCUGUCUGGUCGUCUUCGGGAUGGCUUUUCAGAACACUUUAAAAAGUCUCAACAAGAAAGGCAAGGCAGGAGCGAAAACCUCGUUUGCACAGUGCUUCCCAGCCUUUGGUGUUUAUAGGACCAAAUUGUUCUGGCUUCUUCACCUCUGUCAUUUGGCUAAUGAGGGAUUACGCUGGCCAAAGGCUUUCCGAGUACAUGAGGAAAGAGGGUAGAGGGAACCACAUUUGGGUUUGAAUCCGAAAGCCAUACUGGAUAUUCUAAUCCAGGAGGAGAAGUUUCUCGUUCCCGUACCUGCAAGGUAAAGGAAUUCCUGGCCCACUGGAAUUCUUCUACGAAGCUUACUUCUUGAGGCCUCUCGCAUCCCUGUGCCACAGAGGAAGAAAACAGAUUUUUACCUGGAUGAUUUGGAAGCACGUCCUGAUUCCAGGUCUGGUAGAGCUGGCAUCUCUACCCCGCAAAGCCAAGUUUGCGACGGGCAGGCUGUUCAAGUGUAUACGAAUGACUAAAGAAUGGAAGUAUUGCCAGAAAAAAAGAAAAAUUGUAGUGCUUGGGGCAAGCCCAGAAGCUGCCCUAGCCUCUCCAGACCGUGUUUACAGUGUUCAUGCAUGUAGAAUGUAGCCCUUCCUGGAAAGAACACUUCUAAAUACCUCGGGGUGGCUGGAGCUGCUAUGGGCUAUGGAUGGACCCAGGUGAGCCGACACCUGGCACGGGACCUCCAGAAAGUGGGAGAGCGCCAGGGACCCGGCCUCAGGCCACCCUGGAGAUCUCCCAUAGGAAGAGGAAGUCGUAUGUUUACCCAAUCCUGUUUCUCCGAUGCACUGUCCGCCCACUUUGCCACGGAAAACCCCAGGACUUUGAUGGCGGCCUCUGCCCAGUCUCCCCCAGGCUGUGUUGUCCGCUUACCUGCAGCCCAGUGGUCUGUGCCAAGGUACAACAUGACGUCCCGGGGUCUUCUGGGUUCCCUCCCCUCUGUCCUGUUCAUUCCGCAGAGCACGAUGACCUGCAUCCUGUUUUUGGUGGGGCUGAGUGGGUGAAGGGGUUGUUUCCUGGGACUCUGAGGGACCAUCCCUGAAUUUUCCUGUUCGCUGUGAACAAGCCCCACCUGGAAGUGGAACUUGGGACUGGUAUCAGAAGACAUCGUUCCUGAACAUACUGUAGGGCGAAUGGAUACCUCCCCCCUCCCCCCACCACACACACAUACACACACCCCCACACCUUUCCCACGCUGAAUUUGUGGCGACCUGGCCAAAACCAACCACACCACUGUGAGCCUGAUGAUAACCGUGACCCUGGCCUCGGCCACGGCAGGGCCAAGAUUUUCCCUGGGCCCUCUGCAUCCAGAACAUCAGACGCUUUGUUAGGGUCCAGAGACAAAGCCAAGUCCAAAUAACAGCCCUGGGACCCCUCCGAGGGCGUGGGCUCCGUGGUGGUGUUCGUUCACUCCCUGAGCUAGGAUUUCACUAGCCGUCCCCAGCCUGUGUAUAACCUGUACAGAAGGCGUCGUCCCUGAAAAUACUGUAGGUGAAUCAUCCAGCCAAAUUUAUAUCUCCAAAAUAUUUAGCUUUUUCUACAUGCUAUGAAUUGAGAUGACACACUCAACUUGUAAAUAAGUCUUUUUGUACAUUAAAAAAGUAAUUUUUUCAUAA